CUGCUCCUACUUAUUUCGGUGCACAAUCUUUUUAGGUCAGAGUGUGCCAUCUACACAUUGUCCACUUAUCAGAUUAUUGGAUUCCCGUGCAGGCUUCAUUCUGUAACAAAUAAACAGGUACCAGUAAUUGGAGUGUAGCAUCAUGAGUGACAAAAAAUCCAGACAUGUUAUCUAUAAGAAAACGUCCCGUGAUAAAGCGGUGAGUGUAUACCUGGGUAAACGAGAUUAUAUCGAUCACGUUGAAUCAGUGGAACCAGUAGAUGGUGUUGUUCUAGUGGAUCCUGACCUUCUCAAGGGAAAAAAAGUGUAUGUCACUGUGACCUGCGCAUUUCGCUAUGGUCAAGAAGAUAUUGAUGUCAUUGGGCUGACCUUUCGCAAAGACCUCUACUUUGCUCGAACUCAGGUUUAUCCACCUGUAGAAGACCCCAAAACUAUCACCAAGGUUCAGGAGCGGCUAAUGAAGAAGCUGGGGAACAAUGCCUAUCCCUUCUUGAUGCAGUUCCCUGAUUACCUUCCAUGUUCGGUGGCUCUCCAGCCAGCUCCCACUGAUGUGGGAAAGGCCUGCGGUGUGGAUUUUGAAAUCAAAGCUUUUUCUACAACCAACUUGGAAGAAAGACUUCGCAAAAAAAAUUCUGUCCGUCUGUUGAUCCGCAAGAUCCAAUAUGCUCCUGACCAGCCAGGACCCAGCCCCAGAGCAGAGACAUCUUGGCAGUUCUUUAUGUCUGACAAGCCUCUUCACCUGACUGCGAGCCUGACUAAGGAGGUGUUCUACCAUGGAGAACCUAUAUCAGUGGCUGUCACGGUGACCAACAACUCUGACAAGACAGUCAAGAAAAUAGCUGCAUCAGUGGAACAAGUUAGCAAUGUGGUGCUGUAUUCCAGUGAUUAUUACGUCAAGACUGUAGCUUUGGAUGAAUCAGACAAAAGAGUGGCAUCCAAGGGCACCUACACGCACACCUUCUCUCUGCUUCCAAUACUGGCCUAUAAUCGAGAGAAACGAGAAAUAGCCCUGGAUGGAAAACUCAAACAUGAAGACACCAACCUGGCCUCCAGCACGCUCUUGAAGGAGGGGAUUGAUCGCACUGUCAUGGGCAUCCUGGUAGACUACAAGAUUAAAGUCACUCUCACUGUUUCUGGCCUGCUGGGUGAUAUGACUUCCAGUGAGGUGUCUACAGAACUUCCUUUCAUCCUUAUGCAUCCUAAGCCAGAUGGAGGUACUAAGGAAAGUGAGCAGGAAGAAGACAUGGUUUUCGAAGAUUUUGCCCGGGAAAAUCUCAAGGAUGAGUUGCAAACAGAAGACAAGGAGGAAGAGGACGAUGAUGAAAAAUGAAAUUGUGGAAUUCCAGAGUUAUGAUGACAACUACCCAGAAUCCCCUAGCAUUCCAUUUCCGUGGACAUCUGUUAAAGUGUGUCUGUGGAAUACCGGCAUUCCACUGAUCAUUCAAAUGUUAAUAAUGGGUAGACUAGCGAUAUUUAGUGAUAAAUAACAGGUAAAGAAAUAUCUGGGUCAGUAUUAAAGUAUGUU